CUACAGUUUAGGUUAUUUAUAUGUUUAUUAUACGGCAACGCCAAAUUAACAAUUCAUAGAAGGUAAAUAAAUACAGCCGUGUAGAUACGAAUGCAGGAAUGUAAGAAAAUAAAUAUCAUCUGAUCAAAUUUGACCCAGACUGGUCCAUUUAAACUACGCGCGAAAACCGAAACGAUAAAAGAUUUUUCCUCGAUAAGUGAAACCUAUUUUAUGUCCGUUAAAACUUGAUAUUCUAUGUCAAUUAUUACGUGUUUGACAGUUGUUUGUUUGCGACCCAGAAAGUUUGGCAAUUUUUACCAUGGAAAAAAGAAUUGAACAACGGGCUUGCUUGAAAUGUUGUGUUGCCAAUGAAAUCACGGCUACGGAAUCAUUUAAAAUGUUGCAGAAGUGUUUUGGGGAGUACACUUUAUCACGAUCACAAGUAUUUGCGUGGCACAAAGCAUUCAGCGAAGGUCGUGAAGUCAUCGAAAACCUGCCUCAUGCGUGUCGUCCAUCCACCUCUGUUAAUGACAAUAACGUCGAUAAAGUUACAGAAACAGUGCUCGAAAAUCGUCGGGUAGGCAUCAGAGAGAUAGCAGAGGAUCUCAACAUCUCUUAUGGAUCGGCUCAACAAAUUUUGAUUAAUGUUUUAGGUAUGAAGCGUGUUAAUGAUACACUCGUACCAAAAGAGAUGAAUCUUUUGCAAAAACGACGUAGAGUAGAGGUGGCAAGAGAGAUGCUUGACAAUGUAGCUGAGGACCAUACAUUCAUUAAACGCAUAGUUACUGGGGACGUGGCAUGGGUUUAUGAAUAUGACGUCGAAGCUGUCGAACAAUCUACCGAAAAGAGCACCAAUAAUGAGCCGAAACCGAAAAAACAACGUCAAAGUCGGUCCAAAAUAAAGGGUCAAACGGUCAAUAAGGAAUACUACCUGGCCGUUUUGAGGCGUCUACAUGAAGCAAUUUGUCGUGAACGACCGGAUUUGUGGGCGGAAAAUUCAUGGAUUUUACACCACGAUAAUACGCCGUUACAUUCUAACAUAACGGUGCUCGACUUUUUGGCCAAACACGAAACGAGAGUCAUCGCUCAGCCACCGUAUUCGCCAGAUUUGGCUCCCUUCGACUUUUUUCUGUUUUCGAAACUGAAAAAUAUGCUACGGGGAACGCGUCAUGAGUCCAUUGAAGCCAUCCAAAGUCAUUCGCUGAAGGCACUGAUGGCCAUCCCAGACAAGUCUUAUAACAAGUGUAUGGAAAAUUGGAUUAAGCGUUGGCAUGCUUGUAUUGGUGCAAAAGGAGAGUAUUUUCAAGGCGAUAAUAAAGAUUUGUAUUAAAAUACGUAAAA